AUGCUCAUCGCUAUAGCUGGUGGUACAAGUCCCACUCUAGGCGCAUCUAUUGUUUCCGCCCUCCUCGCCACAGGCCGCUACACCCCAGUGAUCCUCUCCCGCAAAAUCAAGCAAGUCCCAUCAUGGCUUUCAUCUCUUCAUCAAAAGGUCGAAAUCCGACAUGUGGAUUACAACUCACACGUAUCCCUCGUGGCAGCUCUCCGAGAUGUUGAUGUGGUCAUCAGUGUCCUUCUCAUUCCAGGCCCGGACUGGAUUACUGUGGAAAUCAACCUCCUCCAUGCAGCGGAAGAGGCAGGCUGUCGAAGAUUCGCACCAUCAGAAUUUGCACUCACAGACCGAGCGCAUACGAUGGUUUAUCUACUCGGAGCCAAGAGUAUAGUCUGGAAAGAAGUAGAGGUCUCGGUCAGCCGAGGCAGAAUUGAUGCUGCUCGGUUCCCGUGUGGGAUGUUCAUGAAUUAUCUUGGAAUCGGAAUUUCUGAUGAAGCAAUCAGACUAGAAGCUCUAGCGGGGUUUCAGGAAGGGUCCUUUCUCGUUCACCUUGAUGAUCCAUCGCCUUGGAUUGAGGUCCCAGUACGUGCGGAUGGAUCAUUUCCAAGUUUGACUCUGACCGAUAUUCGGGACGUGGGUAAGUUCAUUGUCGGCGCGUUGGAUAUUGAUGAGCCGUGGGGAGGCAGGGAGUUGGGCAUGGUAGGGGAUACGCUCAAUUUUGCGGAUCUGAUCAGUUUGUGUGAAAAAUACACUGGGAAAUCAAUUCAUGUCCGCAAGGUAACCAGGCCAGAGCUGGUGAGCCGGCUCAGAGGUAUUCCUCCGGCUGAGUUUAUCAGGUACAUGGAAUGUCAACUACAGAUGGUUGCGACUUUGGAUCAAUGGGUGAUUGAUCCCUCUUUAAAUCGUCUAUGCUCUGUUCAGCCAACAACGGUGGAACAGUAUAUGAAGCGAUACUGGGGCAGCACAUGA